UGUGUACACAGUAGUGCUGCAUAUGUGUAAUGUGCAUGUAGCUGAGCUGUAUGUGUACACAGUAGAGCUGUAUAUGUAAUAUACAUGUAGCCCUAGGACAUCCACAGGUUCCAGUCUCCUUAGGAGCUCCCUGGUUGGUCUGUGCAGCGUGGUGGAUUGACCAGGAUCUGUCAAACUCGAUGACUGCCUUGCCUGGAGCACUGAUGGGUUCAUAUGAAGCUCUCACUAACUCACUAUACAGGUACCAUUCUCGUUCCUCUUAUCCUCUUCCCUUGCAAACUGUAGCUAAAGUGUGGUCCCUGGUGUUGAGUAAAUUUCCGCAGCCUUUGGUGUCUCCUAGGGCACCCCUGUGGGGGAAUGUACAUUUACCUCACUUUCAUGGGUUACAGGUGGCCAGAUUCUGGGGUUCUCAUGGAGUCAGGUUCGUGGUUCACUUGCUCCGAGAGGAUCAGGAUUUCUUGUCCUUUGCGGAAAUGAAAGAACGUUAUGGUGUCCCUGGCAGUGCCUUUUAUAGGUAUCUUCAGCUGAGGCAGGCGGCUCAAGCACAAUUUGGCUCUCUGACAUUUACCCCUGUGCUUUCUGAGGUGGAGAUUCUCCUGGGCCCUGCAGAUCUCACUAAACCCCUUACCCAGUCCUAUGCUCUCCUUCAGACACUGGGGCCUAGCCCGUUCUCGAAUGCUUAUCAUAAAUGGGUGGCUGAUCUUCCUGAUCUGUCUGAGCGCCAGUGGAAGGAAGUUGAGGGCUCAUGUUACUCCCCGGUGGUGAGUAGUAGGGAUCUGUAGAUUCAGUCUCGGUAUGUUUUGA